GUCUAGUAUGACCGUAUUUACAAAAACAAAGAUUGUUUAAUUUCUCCCUGCAAUUUGUAAUAAUUGUUUUUAGCCCAAUUCAAUUGUUAAUUACUCGGCCGCAAAAUGAUGGACGGCACGGAUGACUCAAACCUGCUGAACAGUCCCUCCACGAACAACGGGGCCACCAUGGAAAUCGUCUCGCCCACAAAUCCGCUGGCAAAUCCGCCAGGAGCACCGGGCGAAGGAGCACCCGCCCCGAGUGGUGCCACCAAUGGCAGCGGAUCCGCCACCUCGCCGGACAGCUCCUCCUCCGCCCCGGCCACGCCCGCCGUUCUGGGCGAGAACGCCCUCCACGUGGAGAUCUCCGAUGCGCUGAGCGAGAAGGAGAAGGUCAAGUUCACAGUCCACACCCGCACCACGCUGCCGGGAUUCGCGAAAAAGGACAACAAUGUGGUGCGCCAGCACGAGGAGUUUGUCUGGCUGCACGACCGCAUCGAGGAGAACGACGACUACGCCGGCUACAUUAUUCCGCCCUGCCCCCCGCGUCCGGACUUUGAUGCCUCCCGCGAGAAGCUGCAGCGCCUGGGCGAAGGCGAGGGCAACAUGACCAAAGAGGAGUUCAAGAAGAUGAAGUCAGAGCUGGAGGCCGAGUACCUGGCCACGUUCAAGAAGACUGUGGCCAUGCACGAGGUGUUCCUGCGCCGCCUGGCCAGUCAUCCCGUCUUUCGCGUCGACCAGCAUCUGAAGGUGUUCCUCGAGUACGACCAGGAUCUGUGCGCCAAGCCGCGCAAGAAGAUGGCCAUCUUUGGCGGCUUCGUCAAGUCGCUGGGCAAGACCACCGACGAGAUCCUGCUGAGCGCCACGGUGCGGGAUGUCAACGACUUCUUUGAGAACGAGCUGCAGUUCCUCACCGAAUACCAUGGACAUUUGCGCGAGGCUGCGAUCAGGACGGAGAAAAUGACGCAACGCCACAAGGAUGUGGGCGAUUCGCAUCAGAAGAUAUCGAAUGCGCUGACGCAACUCUCGACCACGGAGAAGGGGAACGUGGAGACGUUUGUGGCCAAGACGGCGGAGAUAUUCGAAAGGAUUAAGAAUCUGGAGACCCGAGUGGCCAGCGAUCAGGAUCUCAAGCUGGGCGAUACCUUGCGCUACUACCAGCGAGAUAGUGACGCUGCCAAAGCUCUACUCAUCCGGCGCCUGCGAUGCCUGGCCGCCUAUGAGACGGCCAAUCGAAACCUGGAGAAGGCCCGUUCGAAAAACAAGGAUGUUCAUGCGCCUUUGGAGGUGCAAGAGGCUGAGACUGCCCAGGCGGAGGCCUGUGAAAAGUUUGAAUCCAUGUCGGCCUGUGGAAAGGAGGAGUUGAUCGGUUUCCGCAACCGACGGGUGGCUGCUUUCAAGAAGAGCCUCGUGGAGCUCUCGGAACUGGAGAUAAAGCAUGCCAAGACCCAGUACGAGUACUUGCGCCAAUCGCUGCUGGCGCUCAAAGAGAUUGCCUGAGACGUGGAGCCGGGGGAGGCGGAAGUGCCGGCGCAACCGGAAGUGGAAGUGGAUGAGGAGUAGGAGUAGGAGUCACCCGCACAUUGUUUACACACCCCAUUGAACCGCACGCCUCAUUGACAACACGAACGCCCGGGAGACGAACUAAAUCAAUUGUUUAAUUGCUAAGCAAACAGUUUAUUAUUGCACAGGCCAGAUCGAGUGCAACAUUAUUACCUUAGCCCCCGUAUUAUAUUAACGAAUAUCCAUUUGUUUUGUGAACAGAGCGCUUUUAUAUUUGUCAAACAAGCAUUCCUCUCUCUAAAGCAUAAACUACAACUAUAUUGUAAACACUUUUGCAUUUGAAGCAGAAUAUAAACGAGAAAUAUUGUACAGAA